AUGACAGAUUCCACACUUCCAAAUUUCGAAUUUCAGAGGGAAGCCCAUGUGUAUCAAAGACUUGAGGGCGGGAAGCACAUAACUUCCAUAAGCUCCGAGCUGCCAGACGGCUUGGUUGUGUUCGAAGGUGACUUUAAUGUCAACUUGAACACCCAUGGCCCGGGUGACAUUCCCGAGACGAAUGGCAUAUUCUACUACAACGAACCUCUGGAAUCAAAGGAACAAGUAUACGCCUCGUACUUUAGGGAUGAAUCAGGUCCCAAACAGGGGUUGGUUCGCAUCGUACUCGCUGACGAUCCUUCAUCGGAACCAUUUGCCUAUGUAAGCUUCUUGAGACCUCUGCUAGCGCUCCUUAUGGAUACCGUGCUCAUCACGUUCAUAAACAAACAUGCAUUUAGUCAUCGGGAGCUCCCAGAAAUUGUUUUUAUCAAUGAUUCUCAUGGGCCAGGAAGGCUUCUUCGUGUGCAAAAAGACUAG